AUGUUAAAACCUAUUAUAAUAAAGGAUAAAAUUCAAAAAAAUAUAUUGAAAGAUCAAAAAUAUGAAGAUGAUAAAUCUUUUCUAAAUCCACAUGAAGGUGAUAAGGCAAGUAUACUGCAAGAAACAAGAGUUUUUUCAAGUUAUCCAUUGAAUACACAAAAAUGUUUACAAAUUUUAACAAAAAUUCUUUAUUUAAUAAAUAAAGGUGAAGAUAGUUUAACAUCUCAGGAAUGCACAGAUAUAUUUUUUAGUAUAACAAAAUUAUUUCAAUCCAAUAAUGAAAGGUUAAGAAGGAUGGUAUACUUAUUAAUAAAAAACCUACCAGUUAGCGAAAAAGAAAUAUUUAUUGUAACAAGUUCAUUAACAAAAGAUAUGAAUUCAGCAAAUGAUUGUUAUAGAGCAAAUGCAAUUAGAGUAUUAAGUAAAAUAAUUGAUUAUUCAAUGGCUACUCAGAUUGAAAGAUAUUUAAAAACAGCAAUUGUUGAUAAAAAUGCUUUUGUUUCGUGUUCAGCGUUAUUAUGUGGAUUAAAUUUAUUUUCAAUUGCUUCUUGUGAUAUUGUAAAAAAAUGGAUAAAUGAAGUUAGUGAAUGUAUUAAUAGCAAAAACCCAAUGAUACAAUUUCAUGCAUUAACUUUGUUAUGCUCAAUUAAACAUCAAGAUAAACUAGCCUUAGAAAAAAUUAUAAGUUCAUAUAAUAAAACAUCAAAUAAUUUAUCAAGUUCUUUAGCAAAUUGUCUUUUAAUAAAAUAUGCAUCCUAUUUAAUAUACUGUACAGAAGUAGAAAAUGAAUUAAAUAAUAUGAGUAAAUAUAAUCAAACGAAUUAUAAGGAAAAAUAUAAUAAUAUACCUAAUUCAAUGCAUAAUAUGCAAGAUUAUACAUUCAAUAAAAACAACAUGAUUCAUCCAACUACUAAAGUUUGUUUUGAUUAUUUAAAAAUUUGCUUAAAAAGUAAAGAUAUCAUGAUUUUAUUCGAAUGCAUCAAAUGCAUUUUUGAUUUAGCUAUUCAUGAUAAAGAAGGCAAAAAUACUACUUCCGUAUUUAAUGUAGACAUAUUAAAUGAAUGUAUGAAAAUUUGUCAGAUUUUUUUAUUAUCAUCAAAAACAGUAGAUAAAUUUAGUAUAAUAAGACAACUUAAUAAAUUAUCUCAUCAUAGACCACAUGUAGCCUCUAGAUUAAAUCAAGAUAUAGAAAAUUUAUUAAUAGAUAGUAACAAAAGUAUAUGCGUUUUAGCAUUUACAACUCUUCUAAAAACAGGAAAUGAAUCAAAUAUAGAUAAAUUAUUAAAUCAAAUUAAUAAUUAUAUGAGUGGUGAUAACAGUUUUUUUAAAAUUCAGAUUAUUGAAGAAGUAAAAAAUUUAUGUUUUAUUUAUCCAAAUAAAUGCAACAUUAUUUUAAAUUUUUUAUCAAAUAAUUUGAGAGAUGAAGAAUCAUAUCAAUUUAAAUCAAAUACAAUAGAUGCAAUAAUCUUAAUAAUAAGUCAAAUACCCAAUUCAGAAGAAACAGCAAUAUUACAACUAUGCGAAUUUAUAGAAGAUUGUGAAUAUAACUCUUUAUUAUUGAGAGUUAUCAGAUUUUUAUUAUUACAUAUUCCUAAAACAAAAAACCCAUCUAAAUAUAUUAGAUAUAUUUAUAAUCGUUUAAUUCUAGAAAAUCCAACUAUAAGAGUUGAUGGAAUGUAUGCUUUGUUUCAUAUUGCUCUAAAAUGUGCUGAAAAUUCUAAAGAUAUUUUAUUUUUGUUAAAAUGUUUAUUAGCAGAUAAUGAUGAUGAGGUAAGGGAUAGAACUAACUUUUUUUAUUAUAUUCUUAAUGAAAAAAUAAAGGAAAUGGAGUUAAACAAAAAAAAUAAUUUACUAGAAAUGAACAAUGAUCAGAAUAUAUCAUUAAUUGAUGAUUUAUUAACAUUUGAUAAAUCGACAGAUAUUGAUCAUUUAUUAUAUUUUAUUACUAAUCAUAUAAAAGAAAAUAUAAGUGAAGAAUUUCAUUAUGAAAAAUUAAAAGAUGAAAUAAUUAAGAGUAAUGAUAUAAAUAAAGAUACACUUUAUAUAAAAAAAAAAAGUUCUUAUACAGAAAUGUUAAAUAAUGUUAGUAUGACAAAAUUUAUUGAAAUAACAACUGAUUCUAUAUAUUCGGAAAAUAUUUCAAGUUUUAUAGAAAAGUAUAAUAUUGGCAAUUUAAAAAUUAUUAAUAAAUCAAUACCACUAACAGAAAGUGAAGCUGAAUAUACAGUUUUUGUAAAAAAAUACAUUUAUGAGAAUCAUAUUAUAUUAGAAUUUACUAUUCACAAUACGUUAAGUGAGCAAAUAUUAUCUAGAGUGGCAUUACAGAUGAAUACCUAUGAAAAUAGAUGGUCUGUAUUAGAGCAAACUACUAUUGACAACUUACAUUAUAAUACUCCUAAAAACUUAUAUGUUCUCUUAAAAAAGAAUUCUACUUUUUCGAAUAACGAACUAAAUGAGGAUUCUUAUAAUGUUAAUCAAAAUUUUCAAAUUUCUUUGCAUUUUUUAGCAAAAGAAAAUGAAAUGGAUGAUGGAUUUCCUGACUCUUAUUCUAUUAAUCCCAUUAGUAUACAAAUAACUGAUUUUAUUAUUCCCAAAAUGUUAAGAAAUGGAGAAUUUAAACAUAUAUGGGAGAGUAUGAAUAAUUUGAAUUCUGAAUCAGUUAGUAAAUUUAGCUUAAAUUUUGAAAAUAUCCAAUCUGCUGUUGUAGGAUUAUUAAACACACUAAAUAUGAUGGCAUGUGAUAAUACAGAUAAUGUGGAAAGAAAUGCAACAAGUCAUAACAUGUUAUUAUCAGCUAAAUUUUUAAAUGAAUCAAAUGUUUUAUGUAAAGCUUCUUUAAUUCUUUCACAACAGUAUGGUUGUUUAUUAAAAAUUAUAUGUAGAUCAAAAAAUAAGUUUUUAUCAGAUUAUAUUUUAAAAUCAUUAGAAUAA